CUUUCGUUCUAAAAAAAAUUAGUGUUUAAGUGGUGAUUUGAUUGAAAGAAAUGAAGCAAUUUGAAAAUAAUUGAAAAAUAUUUGGCUAUUUAUUUAUCUUUAGGAUCGAGAAUUGGAUUGAUAUAAUUCUCUGAUCCGGACUGAAAUUUUAACUGCUCUUAACUUGAACCUUCUUUUAAAGUAAUAAGGAGUCUUCUGUUCAAAAUCUUGUUUGUGAGAAAACCUGAUUAUAUAUGUGGAGUAUUUUUAUUUACGUCGCAGUAGCCGUCUCUAAUAAAAGGAAUAAUUCCAACCGGUAAUUACACCGUAUAUUACGACAACAGUCUUGCAAAAACAAAAUCCCUACUUUCACCAAGUCAACCAUUUUUUUAUCAUCCUCCAUUCCCAUAUUUGUUUCUUUAUAAUUUAUUAUAUCAACUCCUUCCGCCCAGAACAACUAAUAUCCUUACUAUCUUUCUUCUCUCAAUCCUUUUGUUCCUUUCUUGAUUUCACGUCUUUCUCCGUUUCAACCUCAGAAGAAUACCCUGUUGAAAACUAUAAUAGAUCUCUCGAAAUAGCGAGGAAAGUAAUUGCUCCAUCCCCUGAAAGCUCCUUUUUAUUGGAUCGCUCAGAACAAUCAAGCAUCGGGUUCUUCAUUAGGACCUUCAUUUUUCCGGCUUUUCUUGUUCACUUCUUGGAUUCUUGCUGCUAACUGUUGGUAUUUCCUCUUGGGUUGGAGAAAUGGAUGACAUGAAAGAUAAGGUCAAGGGUUUCAUGAAGAAAGUCAACAAUCCAUUUACUUCAUCGUCUUCGGGUAAAUUCAAGGGCCAAAGUAGAGUCUUGGGCUCUGCUUCAUCUGGACCCGUUAACCCGAUUCCUGCCCGCUACAGCCACCCACAAACUCACGCUCCACAGCGGAACCCUUCGUCUUCUUCUUCUUCGUCGGUCGCACCUACAAAUUCUAAACCUUUGCCGCAAAAACCUCUCAAUUCUGACCAGAACAAACACAGUUCCACAAAUAGUCCGGACCCAGAUCGAAAACCGGCAAACGGGUUUGAUCCAUAUGAUUCAUUGAUAACUUCAGGAAAGAGAUCCCAAAAUGGGUAUUCUUUGAAUGUCUUCGAAUGCCCAGUUUGCGGGAUUUCUUACAGGUCUGAGGAAGAGGUAUCUGCACAUGUAGAGAGCUGUCUCAAUAGUAACUCAGCGGACAAAAAUGGCGAUGCUGAUGUUUCGAGAUUGGCUGAUGAUGGGUCGGAGACGAAGACUGAAGUGGAGGCUUGUGUUCGUGCAUUUCUUUCGGGUAACCCACCAGAAGGGUCAGUCGAUGUGAUUCUCAGAUUGUUGAGGAACAUAGUCAAGGAACCAGAGAAUCCAAAGUUUAGAAAGAUUAGAAUGAGUAAUCCUAAGAUAAGGGAGGCUAUUGGUGAGGUUGGAGGAGCUGUUGAGCUGUUGGAGUUUCUAGGAUUUGAAUUGAAAGAGGAAGGUGGGGAGAUAUGUUCAAUGAUGGGGGCUCCUAGUGAGAAAGGCAUUAGCUUAAUUAGCAAAGCAAUAGCAUUGUUAGAACCGAGAAAGACAGAGGAAGAGCCUAAAAAGACUGAGAAUUUUAAAUCUGCAACUCCAGCAAACUCAGAAGAAGUGGUUCAGCUGAAGAAGGCAAACCGACAGAUCCGCAUAUUCUUUUCUGUGCCUGAAAGUGUAGCAGCAAAAAUUGAGUUGCCAGAUUCUUUUUACAACCUCUCAGCUGAAGAGCUGAAGAGAGAGGCCGAUACGAGGAAGAAAAAGAUUGCUGAGUCUCAGCUUUUGAUCCCUAAAUCAUACAAGGAAAAGCAGGCUAAAGCUGCUAGGAAAAGGUACACGAAGACUGUCAUACGUGUCCAGUUUCCUGACGGAGUGGUGCUCCAAGGAAUUUUCUUCCCUUGGGAGCCAACCAGUGCUCUGUAUGAGUUUGUGAGCUCAGCACUGAAAGAACCGGGUUUGGAGUUCGAGCUGCUAGAUCCCGUAUUGGUAAGACGGAAAGUGAUCCCUUCCUUUCCUGCACCAGGAGAGAAAGCCAGAACACUAGAUGAUGAGGAUUUGGUUCCCUCUGCGCUUAUCAAAUUUAGACCUAUUGAAUCAGAUUCGAUUCUUUUCACAGGGCUCUCCAAUGAACUUCUGGAAAUUAUUGAACCUCUUGAUUCAGCUGCUGUUAGAGUGUAAACCUCAAUAGGGCAUUAGAAUGCCAGCUUAUGUGCUUGUCUUUCCUGUUUUAAUCUUUUUAAAAAUAUAUUUUUUUUUUCUGCUGUAAAUUCACUUUUUUUGUUCUUUUUUUCUUCUCAUUGUGAGUUCUUUGAGCAGGCUUCCAAGUCUUAAUUUAUGAUAAAUGGAUUUUGUAGUUUACAUAUAUAUAUAUAUAUAUGGGUGUA